AUGUCGACCUCGCCUUCGAAGGAGCCCGAGGCUGACCCCGAGGUGCAAUCGGGUGAAGAACAGGACAUGGACAAAGACCAACUAGACCAGAUGCAGGCCACGGGCGAGUUUGAAGUAAAGGAGCAAGAUCGGUGGCUUCCGAUUGCAAAUGUUGCUCGUAUCAUGAAAUUGGCCUUGCCUGAUAAUGCAAAGAUUGCAAAAGAGGCCAAGGAAUGUAUGCAAGAGUGCGUGAGCGAGUUUAUCUCUUUCAUCACAAGCGAAGGUGAAUAUUCAACAGUGCCCAUUCUUGAGGUUCAUCUCCUCACCUGUUCUUUAGCGUCCGAAAAAUGUCAACAGGAAAAGCGCAAGACUGUCAACGGCGAGGAUAUCUUGUUUGCUAUGACGUCGCUUGGAUUUGAGAACUAUGCUGAAGCUCUCAAGAUCUACCUUUCGAAGUAUCGCGAGACCCAGUCUGCUCGUGGUGAAAACCAGGGCCGUCCAAGCAGCAGCGGUUAUGGUGCGCCUGGAGCUGGAGGGGCUGCCCAAGGCCGCCCCGGCGCAUUCCCCGAGUCUGGUGAGGGCGCUAACAACAUUAUCAACCCCGGCUUGGACCCGUCCGAGCAAGACGCAUCUGCGUAUGCCUAUCCUCAAAUGGGUGUCCAGCCCCACAAUGGCGCGGGCGGAGAGUCCUACUAG